UUGUUUCGUCUGGUUGUGAAACACAACAAAGAAGAAUAUAAACAUCCGGAAAUCGUGUUCCAUAUUCAUCAAAAUUUCUGUGUAUAAUUUGCGGGAUUUCACUGUUACAUGAUAAACUAUGGCUUUACAGGAAGUGACAAGAAGAGAUUUUGAUACAGAUCUUGCUGCACAGUGUUUAGUGGCGAUGUCUAAUCCAUGUGUUGUUGCUGCGGAACCAGCUGAUUGUAAAAUGGCCUCUUUAGAAGCCAACGACGUAACUACAACAGACUCGAAUUCUUUGGUCAUGUUGGCUCGAAUAUUGACGGAUUUAAGUAAAUUCAAACAAGAACCUAUAGAUCACGAUUAUAUCAGCAGUGAGUUAAAGAGCUUUAAUUACAGAUCAGUGCCAAAUGACGAGAAUUUCUUGGACACAAAUACACCACGAAAACGAAAGCGCUCGAAGCAUGGUACCACGCCCACUGACUGCAAUACUGAAGAUCACAGUUACAAUAAAGGACGUUCUGGUGGAGCCAAAAAAGUACAUAAAUGUUCUUUUAAAGGAUGUGGCAAGGUUUAUGGGAAGAGUUCACAUCUCAAGGCGCAUCUUCGGACCCAUACAGGAGAGCGCCCUUUCCCAUGUAGCUGGCCAGCCUGUGAGAAGAGAUUUGCAAGGUCUGAUGAAUUGGCUCGACAUAUAAGGACACACACUGGUGAGAAAAAAUUCCAGUGUCCCCUCUGUGAAAAGAGGUUUAUGAGGAGUGACCACCUGAAUAAACAUGCCCGUCGCCACCCGCAGUUUGAGCCAGGGAUGUUGAAACGUAUGCGACAGCCAAUGAAGCCUGAAUCAGCAAGCAGUGAGAGUGGUGAUCCCUCAACUUCCAGUCCCAGCAUGGUUUGAGAUGCAGAAUCAAAAUCACAUAUUUGUACGACACAGUGUUUCAAUCUGAUUGAUAUA